CCCGCGGUCAAGUGUCUGUGCACCGGAUCAGACGGUCGGUACACAGUGAGUGAAGAUGGCGAUGAGAGCAGCGCUGCGGUGCCUCUCUGCAAACUUUUCUCCCAGGCUGCCACAACUCUCGUCAGCAGCGCAUGUUUCAGCGACUCGAAUGCUGUGGAGAAGCGGCUCUCUGCGGACAUUUAGUACGACCUCGGCCCUAUCCACAGCCCUCAAGUUCACUGAAAAGCAUGAGUGGGUGCAGGUGAAGGGUGGAAUUGGAACCGUUGGUAUCAGCAAUUAUGCUCAGGAGGCAUUAGGUGAUGUGGUGUACUGUGGACUCCCUGAGGUUGGCCAAAGACUUGACCAAAUGGAUGAGUUUGGUGCCUUGGAGAGUGUAAAGGCUGCCAGUGAGCUAUACUCUCCACUGACAGGAGAGGUGACUGAAAUCAACACUGAGCUGGCAGAAAAUCCUGGACUUGUGAAUAAAGAUUGCUACGCACAGGGGUGGCUAAUCAAGAUGACUAUUGAAAAGCCUGAAGAACUUGAUAGUCUCAUGGAUCAAGUUGCAUAUGAUAAAUUUACUAAGUCACUGGAAGAAUAAAUCAAAAACUCUUUGUGCUGCUUUCUUAUCUAAUUUGGUAGCGAGCUUCACUAACAUCUUGUGUGACAAAGUUAUUUGGUGGUAUUUAUUUUGAUCCUGGAUAUUGUCCUAUUAAAAUGUCACUCAGUAACAGCUCCCACAUAGAAAGCUAGGAUUUGCUUGGUCACAAGCAAUUCUAAAGGGCUCCUAAUUUCAAGAUCUGCCAGUAUUAUUGGGUCUUGUUCGCGGUGCUUUGCUCCAUUUUUAAAUGUGCAAAAUGUGGUAAAAGGCUGGAAAGUGCUGUAUCAAAUUAAUGUAAUAAAACUUAACUUUUA